ACACACAGAGAACAGGUGGCUUCUUACCUCAGUGCUGCUUGACACGUGGUGGAGAUGCGCUUUGAGGUCGGACGGUCUGAGGAGCAGAAGCAUCAGAACCAUCACAAUGAAGGUUCUCACCCUGUGGCAGAAAGUCCAGUUAUUCUACCAAGAGAUCCUGGAAAAUGGAGACAAGAGAACAGACAAGUGGCUGCUGGUCCACUCUCCUGGUCCAAUCAGCUGCAUCUUCCUGUGCUACCUGAUGGUUAUAUGGGCCGGGCCGAAGCUGAUGGCGGAGAGGCAGCCGGUCAACCUCAAACCUGUCCUCAUCGUUUACAACUUCGCCAUGGUCUGCCUGUCUGCCUACAUGUUCUACGAGUUCACAGCCUCUUCCUGGUCGGCCGGUUACAGUCUGCUGUGCCAGCCAGUCGACUACAGUGACAGCCCACCGGCCAUGAGGAUGGCCCGAGUGUGCUGGUGGUUCUACUUCUCCAAGGUGAUCGAGCUCAGUGACACUAUAUUCUUCAUCCUGAGGAAGAAGAACGGUCAGCUGACCUUCCUGCACGUCUACCAUCACGCCACCAUGAUCUUCAACUGGUGGGCCGGGGUUAAAUAUGUGGCUGGCGGCCAGUCUUUUCUGAUCGGCCUGAUCAACUCCCUGGUGCAUGUAGUGAUGUAUUUAUACUACGGCCUGGCAGCGCUGGGACCCGGCGUGACCAGAUACCUCUGGUGGAAACGCUACCUCACCUCCCUUCAGCUGCUCCAGUUUUUCAUAGUAACCAUCCACACCACCUACAACCUGUUCGCCGACUGCGACUUCCCCGACUCCAUGAACGUGGUCGUGUUGGCCUAUUCUCUCAGCCUCAUCGCUCUCUUCAGUAACUUCUACUACCACAGCUACCUCGCCAAGAAGACCAAGAAGACGUGAGGAGAAGAAGAAAAGACGUCAGGUGUUUAUGAUCCGCUCCGUGGACAGAAAAGAGCUGAGAUGAAAGGAUCUGAAAACAGGGAAAAUGAGUGAUGACAGAGGGAAUAAAAAAAAAAAAAGCAAUUUAUACUUCUCUGUUAUGUUAAUUACUUCAUGUUAAUUAUGUUAUGUUAAUUACUGCAUUUGUCAUAUGUGCAAAUACAUUAACAUGUGUAUGAAAAGCUACACAAACUGAGAAAUGGAGCAUAUUUAUGAUUUUUUAAGGGUAAAACCAAACGUGUGUUUUGACAUAUUUGUGCCGUUAACACACACAUGUACACACACACACACACACACACACACACACACACACGCACGCACACACACACAGAUGUUUAUUAUACUCAUGAGCGUCUUCCAUUAGUUCUUUCUUUUCUUUCAUCCAGUACAAGAGCUCAAGCACAGUCAACACACAUUAACCCUUGUUUCAUCACUCCCCUCCCCCAGCUGCUAAUAGAUGAGAC